GGUGACUCAGUUAUUACAGUGCAGCUGACUGAAGAAGAUAAAGUUGAAGAUGAUGUAGUCUUUUACUUGGUCUUCACUGGGUCAACUGUCCGACACUGCACAAGCACAAGAAAGAUUGAUCCUGGGAGCCUGGAGACAAUUUCUCCUGGCCAUGACUGCUGUGAGACAGUGAAGGUGGCACUUUGUGCCUCUCGAGAAGGUCACUCUGUCCUGGUUGUGGCAGAAGAGAGCUUCCAGUUUGUCCAGGAUGAAGCCUAUGAUGCCGCCCAGUUCCUGGCCACCUGCGCUGGCAACCAGCAGGUACUAAAUUUCACCCGGUUCUUGAACCGGUCAGGACCACCUGCUGCCGACGUGGACUUUUUGGAUGAGAAAGUGUCUUUGGCAUUUCGACACCUGAAACUGCCGGCAGAAUGGAACGUGCUGGGAGCGGACCAGUCCCUGACCGAGAACAUCCCUCGGGAAACGCUGAUGCAUUUUGCGGUGAGGCUGGGGCUGCUGCGUCUGACGUGGUUUCUGCUCCAGCAGCCGGGUGGAAGAGGAGCUCUCAGCAUCCACAACAGCCAAGGGGCAACGCCUGUGAGCUUGGCCUUGGAGAGGGGCUACCAGAAGCUGCACCGGCUUUUGACUGAGUAA